UCUUGCACAAGAUUUUUUUUGUCUGGCGGCCAUCUAAGUCGUCCUAUUAUUGGUAAUAAUUGGCGUCCCAGCACCUUGCAUUCACAGUGAUGGUCUUUCGGAUGCUGGGCAGAAAUUCCUCGGAAAUUGUAUUCUUGUACGUGAAAGUAUUGAGAAACAAAGUACUUAAAUAAAUAGGAUCACCAAUAUAUCUGGUUUUACAUCUCCCCCUCUGUUUUCAACAUGUUUCAAAGAUUCACAAAAGCUGGGACACAUAAUCCUCAAACUCCAUCCACUUCUGAUUCUCCAACUCACUCGGCUCCUACUUGCUGGGACGUUUUCUUGAGCUUCCGCGGUGAGGACACUCGUAAUAACUUCACCGACCAUCUGCACCAGACGCUACUUGCUCGUGGAAUUCAAGCAUUUAAGGAUGAUUUGGGGCUGCACAGGGGCGAAGUCAUCUCAGAUGCUUUGCUAGCUGCUAUCAGAGAAUCCAAAACUUACGUUGUUGUCUUGUCUGAAAAUUUUGCCUCUUCAACUUGGUGCCUCAACGAGCUGGUAGAGAUACUCAAUUGUUGCAAGACAACGCAGAGAUUGGUCAUUCCUGUGUUUUACAGAAUUGAUCCGACAGUUGUGCGACGGCAAACUGGGAGUUUUGAAAAAGCUUUCAAGAAACAUCGAACUUGGUUUGGGGAAGAAACAGAGAAAGCGAAGAAUUGGCGGCUUGCACUCAAGGAAAUUGCCAACUUUUCUGGAUACCAUAUUUCCAUUAACAGGGGUGAAGCUUCUGUUAUCAAAGAAAUUGUGGAUGAGCUUCUACUCAAAAUUAAUCCCAAGACUAUGAAUGUCACCAGAUAUGCAGUUGGAUUAGAUUCUCGUGUUAAAGACAUAGCAACAUUGUUGAGCCGUGACACAGAAGGCGUCACUAAGUUUGGUAUAUAUGGUAUGGGAGGUGUGGGCAAAACAACACUUGCCAAAGCUGUUUAUAAUCAGCUCCUGGAAAGUGGAAGGUUUAAGGGCAGCUGCUUCCUCGCUGACGUUAGGGAAACUUCUCAGACAACAGAAGGCCUGGUCUCUUUGCAAAAACAACUUAUUGUUGAUGUUCAUAAUGGUAAAACAAAAGUCGAGGUUCACAAUGUUGACCAAGGAAUUACUUUUAUAAGAGAAAGGAUCAGUUCAGCAAAGGUUCUGGUUCUUAUUGAUGAUAUAUACGAUCUUCGACAAUAUAAAUCUUUAGCAGGACCAUUCGCUUCUGGGAGUGUAGUUAUUAUAACUACAAGAGAUGAAGAGAUGCUAGAAAAACUUCACGUAGAACCAGAAUAUCGAUACUUGUUAAAGGUGUUGAAUAAAGCUCAGUCAAGGGAACUAUUUACCAAAUAUGCAUUUGAAAAGGCUGAGAGACACAUCAAUCUAUUGGCCUUGACUGAAGACAUUCUAGAUCUUGCUAGUGGGCUUCCUCUGGCUCUCAAGAUAUUUGGAUCCCAUUUAUCGACUAAGAAAGAGGAAGGUUGGAAAUCAUACAUAGAGACUUUGCGCCAACAUCCAAAUAGCACUGUUGGGCAGAAACUUGUAAUUAGCUUGGAUGCCUUACACUCGGAGGAUCCUAUGCUAAAGGAAAUAUUCCUAGACAUUGCUUGCUUUUUCAUCGGGUGGAAGAAAGAGAAUGCGGUUAAAGUAAUGGAAACUUCUUAUUCCUACACAGAUGUAAAGAUCGACACUCUUAAAAAAAGAUGUUUACUCACUGUGAAUGAUAGAGAUGAGCUGGAGAUGCAUGAUCUGCUUCGGGAUACAGGAAGGAAUGUUGCGCGUAACAAUGCUUCUACAAAGCCUGGAGAAUUUAGUAGAUUGUGGCUUCCAGAAGACAUACUGGAUGUUCUGAAGAAUCACAGAGGAACAGAAGCGAUUGAAGCUAUCAUCCCUCACAACCUUUACUUCCAGAAUAAACUUGAGGGACAAUCAUUCACUACUGAAACAUUCAAACAGAUGAGUAAAUUAAGAUUUCUUUGCAUCAGCAAGGUAAAUCUUAGUGGUAGCUUCGAACAGAUAUUUGAAGAUUUGAGGGUUCUCGUCUGGGACGGUUGCCCUUUGAAAUAUUUCCCUUCUGAUUUUUACCCGGAAAAACUUGUUAUUCUUGAGUUGGGGCAAAGCAAUAUGAGAACAUUGUGGUCCCCUAACAUGGUGUCUAAUACUUUUAAAAUGUUAAAGACUCUUAACAUGUCAUAUUCCCAAGAUUUAGUGAGAACUCCAGACUUCGGUAAAUUACCAUGUCUUGAAACUUUAAAUUUUGAAAGCUGUGAAAACUUGAAGGAGGUCGACAAAUCAAUUGGAAGUUUGGACAGACUUGUUUCCUUAAAUUUGAUGGGGUGUGUGAAGCUAAGAUGUCUUCCGUUCACCAUUUGCAACUUGAGAGCAUUGGAAGUUCUAACUACUAGUUGGUGCAGUAAUCUGGAAGCUUUACCUAUACAAAUGGGCUACAUUGAGUCCCUAACAAAGCUCGAUGCUGGUACACUAAAUAUUUCAAGAUUACCUGAUUCAAUUGGAAAUUUUCCUAAGCUUGUUAAGUUGAAUCUAAGCAAUAACAAGAACCUUGAAACCCUUCCGGACACGAUUGGCAACCUGAGAUCAUUGGAAAAUCUUAAUAUUGAUAGUUGCAGUGGUCUGAAAGCUUUGCCUAGCACAAUUGGGGAGAUUGAAACCCUGAAAAGAAUUCAUAUGAGGGGACUAACUGUUUCAAACUUUCCAGAUUCCAUUGGGAAACUUUCUAAGCUUGUUAAUUUGGAUUUGAGUAGAAACCCGAACCUUGAAACCCUUCCAGACACCAUUGGCAACCUAACAACCCUGGAAAGUCUUGAUAUUUCUGCAUGUGGAAAACUAGAAACAUUGCCAGAUCAUCUGUGGAUGAUGUCAAGCUUAACGGAGCUGGAUGCAAGUUUUACUACUCUGUUAAAAGAGCUUCCUGACGUAGGAUCAAAUCAGAUUGCGUUAUCAUUGCAAAACUUGAAAUUAUCUGAUAGUGGCAUCAUUGCUCUCCCAUCUGGUUUUAGUCAGCUGUCAAACUUAGAAUCUCUUGUUCUUAGUUGCUGUGACCAUCUGGUUUCCAUUCCAAAACUUCCUCCUUCUCUCAAACAUAUCGAUGCAAAUAACUGCAAGUCUCUAGAAAGAUUACCAAAUCUGUGUGAUUUGAAACAGCUGGAGAAAUUGAACUUACGAGGUUGUAGGGGCUUGAAAGAGAUUCUAGUCUUGAAAGAACUCACUGCUUUAAGAGAGCUUGAUGUGACAGAUUGUACUGGUCUGACAGAGAUUCAAGGCUUAGCGGAACUUACUUCUAUUAGAACACUUGGAAUGGGAGGUCACUGCUGUCUUCUGGCAUAUAAGCAUCUCACGAAACGUUUGUUUCAGGUAUAUUCUCAACUUGGGCAUCAGAUUAGUGUUUACGGUCCUCGACCUCUAUACUGGAAAGGUGAUACUCGAUGGCCUGAUUGGAUUUUUGAAUCACCGAAUUGCAGUGGUCAGUCUACUAAAUUCGACUCAACAAUGUAUGCACAUUUGCUGCCAAAUGAGUCGAACGAUUUCAUGGGGAUGCUUCUAUGUUUUAAAAGCCACCUGUACAAUUAUAGGCCAACAUUUGGUUAUUCUGUUGAUAAUACCACAAGUGGUUUUAUAUUGAGCGACAAGCUUAGUGUUCCUUCUGUCCGCGACUCGUUGAUUGUGAUAGUGCCGAAAUCAGUAUUCUCUGUCAGAGAUGAUGAUAGCAAAGUUCAAGUAACAGCUGAUAAUGCAUUAAUUCUCGGGAUUCAUCUUCUGUACAAAGUUGACGACGUUGUGAGAGGCAAUCUUCGAAUCAUCUAAAGUGGUUGAUCAAGUUCUACAAGAUACAUUCAAGAUGUUGCUUGUUUUCACCCAGUGCAAGAAAAAGAUAGUUGUUCAAAUACUGGAAACAUUCUGGGAGCCAAUUAAACAUCGAUCGUUACGAGUAUUAUAAUGCCGGUUUGUUUAGCGUGUGCCCAUGGGCACGCUAAGCGCGGAAAUUUUAGUAUUUGGGAGAUUUUGAUUGGGGUGGUUGGUGUAUUUGCAGGGGGGUCCACCAUUAUCAAAAGAGAGGAACCAAUCAAAAUGAUUUAAGUACAAAAUUUUCCGCGCUUAGCAUGUGCCCAUGGGCACACCAUAGAAAAACCGUUAUAAUGCAUAUGAUAAUUCAUGUAAUAAUGAUGUGUUGUGUAUUAAUGUCUUCCAUUUGCAUUCAUGUAUAUAACUUUUCACAACAUAUAUGGGAUUGGGUUCGUCCAAAAACAAGGGGUAUCAACUCCUGAACUCCUUUUCUUUUC